AUGGCCGAGAACCGCCCCGGCCACCGGGGUCUCACGGAGUACGACCUGCCCGGGUGGGUCAGCAUCCAACCGUCGCGCACCCGUCCAGCGGCGUCAGCGCAGGCCCCGAGGACUACCGCUACGCGUGCUCCCGCGGCCUGCUCGAUGGACUCACCAACCAGCUCGGCCGGGGCCCCGCGCACGUCGCCUGCAUCGAUGGAAAUUGCAUUGAGUCGAUCGGUGCCCCCCAGGAGAGCUCAGUGCGCAGACCGUGAACGGGGAGACGCCGGCCUACUACGCGGUGCGCUACGGGACCGCCUGGUGCCUGCAGUGGCUCGUCGAGCGCGGGGCCGACGUCACCACGGCGGCGGCCGACGGCUUCACCCCCGAGCAGCUGAUCUGGGCCAACAAUCGGAGAACCACAACGUGGAGAUGGAGUGGCUGCACGCCGCCCUGAGGGGGCAGCUGACCGAGAAGAAGAGCCAGCAGUCCCAGGAGUACAGGCUCCGGCGCUGGCGGCCGGAGGGCCUCGACCCGUUCUCCGAGGGCUUCCUGGACCAGGCCAUGGCGAGGCAGAGCAGCGCCCUCUGGCAGGCGAAGGCGAUCGAGGCGGGCGGCGCGCUGCACACGCCGCUCGCGGCGGAGGCCGCGGCGGCCCUGGCCGCCGCGAUCGACGACCUGCUGCCCAGGAUGCGCCCGCCGAGCUGCGACGUCUACUUCAACGCCACCGGCAGCAGGGUGCUCGCUGGCACCCCGCCGCGGGAGUUCGUGGGCCUGCUGAGGAGGCAGGCGGUCGAGGAGGUGCAGUGGGAGGCGCUCGUGCGGGCGAUGAUCGCGGACCAGGUGCGGAGCUUCUACGAGGUGGGGCCACUGAAGCAGCUGAAGGCCAUGAUGAAGCGCAUCGACGCAGACGCAUUCAAGCGGACAGAGUGCAUCCCCGUGUAGCGCCGGCGCGCCUCAGAAACAAGAUGGCAGUUUCUGGCGUCGAGCGAUGCCCGCCCUGGAUCGCGGGGCGGGUCUCCCCAGGGAUCGCCGGGCCCCAUGGUGGCCUGGCGGCCGCGGCAUGGGGCCGCCAUCCGCUGAAGACGCGAGGUGGGAUGCCCAGGGAGCACCGGGACCCUUUGGACCUGCUGGCCGCGGUAUGCAGGGUGUGUGAGGCUGGUCGGGGGCAUUUUGCUCCAGGCCUCACAGCCCCGACCUGUCGGUCGGCGUCGGCGGUGCCUCGACCUCCGCUCCGCUCCGCGCCCUGCGUGGGUCUGGGCCCCCUCGGCUCGCUCGUCCCGCGAGCUGCUCUGCGGCGGCUGCUCCGCGCCGCUGCGGGGCUCAUGACGCAGGUGGCUCAUGGCCGAGUCACCUGGCAGGCGCGGGUACUCCUUCGCCUCCUCCUCCUCGUUGUCCUUUUUCUUCU